AUGAGAGGUAUUCUUAUUCAACUAAACGCCCGUAUCUCUAAACAAAGAAACCAACAAAUAGAUGAACUCCUCAUGUCAAUUAAAACAAAAGAAGAAUUAAACAAAACAUCCCAUGACCCCUCAACCUCUACUUCCCUCGCCACGAAUAGAAACAAACUCAGAACCCUUCUACUUUAUAAAUACGACCUCAACCUUCAAAAAACAAAAGCUAAAUUUUACUCCAUGAGCAACAAAGCUAACGCCUUAUUAACCAAAAUGAUUAAACAGCGACACCUAAAAGACAAAAUAUCCUCAGUUCAUCACCCAACCACACAUACUUUAACUACAAAUCCACGAGAAAUAGCUAACGCCUUUGCGACCUAUUACCAACAACUAUAUAAUCUUAAAAACGAUCCUGACACCAUCCAACCAACACUUACAUCCAUACAACAAUUUCUUCACACAACCAAACUCCCCCAACUCUCCCCAUCCCAACUUGAUGCUAUAUCUACUCCGAUAUCUAUCACAGAAAUAGAAAAUAUCACCAAAACACUCCCUCUUAACAAAUCUCCAGGAAACUACGGUUAUACAAACGAAUUUAUACAAAUAUUUUGCCCCAAAUCUAGCACCAUACCUAUCCAAACUCUUUAACCAUGCUGCCACCACUGGCAUAUUCCCCAAAAGACAUGCUUAAAUCAACUAAUAACAACAAUCCCAAAACCUGGUAAAGACCCACAAUUUGUCCAAAAUUAUAGACCAAAACAUUUAACACAGACAUAA